UCCCCCGAGAAAGAGAGAGAGAGCUAUGAAUUAAGGAUGGGAAGCUUUAAUGAGGCGCUACUAAAUCCAGCAGGAAGGAAAGAAGCGUGGGAGCGAGAGAGAGAGAGGGGAGGGAAGGCACUAUUAAGUUCGGUGCAUAUCUCUCCCUCUGGAGACGCUGUUGCACCAUAUUCUUCUUCUUCACUGCUUCAUUCUACCUUCACCUCUUCUUUCACCCUCGCCCUCUCCUUAGCCAUCCUCAACACCCAGCGUCGUUACCUUUUUUUUUUUCUUCUUCUUCUUCUUCACAGGAUGGACGUUGAGGACGUUAACUUGCUAAAGGAACAGCGAGUUGCCUACAUCAAUUCCCUCAUCUGCGAGGGACACCUUGAUGAGCAAUUCAAGCAGGUACAGAUGCUGCAAGAUGCUAACAAUCCUGAAUUUGUGGUAGAUUUGAUUAACUUGUACUGUCAAGAUUCGGAGAACAUCUUAGCAGAACUGAGCCGAUCUCUGAAUGAGGAUGCACCUGAUUUCAAAAAGAUUGAUGCAUCUGUUCACCAAUUAAAAGGAAGCAGUGCAAGUGUGGGUGCUAAUCAAGUUAAGUUGGCUUGUAUCGAGCUGCGUACCUGCUGCGAGCAAGCAAAUAAACAUGGGUGUAUAGAUGCACUGAACACGAUCAAGCAAAAGUUUUACAUUCUACAAAAUAAAUUGGAAACACUGGUUCAGCUGGAGGGGAAAAUUCAGGCCCUUGAAGAUGCUCAUCUUUGAUCCUUGGCUUUCUAAAUAUAUUUGGGAUGGAAAUGAACAUCUACAGUUCUUUGUUUUCCUGCUUGAAUGUGUUUCCAGUAUGCUGUUUAAUUAUGCAAAUGGAGGUUUUUUCAACAUUUUGUAUAAAUAGUGCUAUAGCCAACAUGCCAGCAGCAAUUUUAAGGAUAGACAAGGAAUUAAUGUGAGGAAAGCCAUUGAUUGUUUUA